GUAAAUUUGAUCAGGUUUUGUCUCUCCACACGAGAUAUGUGGAGAGGCAUCAAGACCAUAACAGACUACAAGCGCAGCGAUAAACAGAAUCACAAAAGGGCUUCAAUGCUGUAUCUCUGUCAGCAGCGUGACCAAGCUUCCACCAGACCAUCAGAACUAAGAAAUCAUCACAAGAUUCACUUCAGGAAGAAACCAUUCAACUGUGAACAGUGUGAAAAGACACUCUCUGGCAGCAGUAGCGUUCUGAGACACCAACGUGUUCACACUGGAGAGAAACCUUAUUCAUGUGAUCACUGUGGAAAAGUUUUUGGUCGCCGCUGUAGUUUACUGAGACACCAACGUGUUCACACUGGGGAGAAAUCUCAUUCAUGUGACCAGUGUGGGAAAGUUUUCUCUGACCUCACAAGCUUUUGGAGACACCAACGUGUUCACACUGGAGAGAAACCUCAUUCCUGUGACCAGUGUGGAAAAGCAUUUUCUCAGCUCAUUCACUUAGUGACACACCAACGUGUUCACACUGGAGAAAAAUCUCAUUGGUGUGAACAGUGUGGCAAAACAUUCUCUCAACAUAGUAGCUUACUGACACACCGGCGUGUUCACACUGGAGAGAAACCUCAUUCAUGUGACCAGUGUGGAAAAGCAUUUUCUCAGCUCAUUCACUUAGUGACACACCAACGUGUUCACACUGGAGAGAAGCCUCAUUCAUGUGACCAGUGUGGAAAAGCAUUUUCUCAGCUCAUUCACUUAGUGACACACCAACGUGUUCACACUGGAGAGAAGCCUCAUUCAUGUGACCAGUGUGGAAAAACACUCUCCGACCGCAGUAGCUUUCUGAGACACCAACGUCUUCACACUGGAAAGAAAUCUUAUUCAUGUGGCCAGUGUGGAAAAGCUUUCUCUGAGCUCAGUAGCUUACUGACACACCAACGUCUUCACACUGGAGAGAAGCCUCAUUCAUGUGGCCAGUGUGGAAAAGCUUUCUCUGAGCUCAGUAGCUUACUGACACACCAACGUGUUCACACUGGAGAGAAGCCUCAUUCAUGUGACCAGUGUGGCAAAACAUUCUCUCACCUGAGUAGCAUUCUGAGACACCAACGUGUUCACACUGGAGAGAAACCUCAUUCAUGUGAUCAGUGUGGAAAAGUUUUUGGUCGCCGCUGUAGUUUACUGAGACACCAACGUGUUCACACUGGAGAGAAACCUCAUUCCUGUGACCAGUGUGGAAAAGCAUUUUCUCAGCUCAUUAACUUAGUGACACACCAACGUGUUCACACUGGAGAGAAACCUCAUUCAUGUGACCAGUGUGGAAAAGCUCUCUCUGACCUCAGUAGCCUUCUAAAACACAAACGUGUUCACACUGGAGAGAAACCUCAUUCAUGUGAUCAGUGUGGAAAAGUUUUUGGUCGCCGCUGUAGUUUACUGAGACACCAACGUGUUCACACUGGAGAGAAACCUCAUUCAUGUGAUCAGUGUGGAAAAGCUUUUGGUCACCGCUGUAGUUUACUGAGACACCAACAUGUUCACUCUGGGGAUAAAUCUCAUUCAUGUGGCCAGUGUGGGAAAGCUUUCUCUGAGCUCCGUAGCUUACUGACACACCAAUGUGUUCACAACCUCACCACACUGGUGUGAUGAGUGUGGAAAAAUGUUCUCCUCUUCUUACAAGCUGAUGCUUAAAUCGAUUCCCUUAAAUCGUGUACAGGCGACAAAACAUUAACAAACAUUGACACAACAUCGGCGUGGACAGCUAACACGCCUCCUUCCUGCUACAAACAGCUGCCGUAACUAAGAGCAACCGCGGCGGCAUUCAGAAGUCGGUCGCCAGUUAACGUGGUCACGACUUAAUACGAAACACCGGAUCCUCCGUUCGUUGUUGUCCGUCGUGUCGAGCUCGAUUACUUGGACGUACCAUUACCUUACUUUGCUAACGUUCGGUUUCAUCCCAUCAGGGGUCGCCACAGCGAAUGAUUUGCAUGGUAGAUUUUUACAUCAUACACACCUACACCUUCCUGACGCAACGCCGCUCUGAGGGGAUUGAACCCACCUGGUGACAGGAGCGCACUGACCACUGCACCACGGACACGGAAAAACGUCUGGUUUUUCCAGCCAGUAACAGCAGAUGAAGAAAAGAAUCGGGUUUUGGCUAAAUAAAGAAUCUGUGGCUUUUUGUGACGUCAGAGGAUUCACACUGGAGAAUGAAUUUGUUUUAUUUAUGUGAUAAUCAAAUUAAUGAAAUAAACUGUCUCAAUAACAUGGAUGUAGUGUUUAGAAAACAACACUGCAAGACAUGGCAACACAACAACAACACGCUGUGAAGGUGACCAACUCUUUGUUUCACUCAUAGACACAGUUGUCAUCUUUUAACAGUACUUAAAAUUGACCUGAAAUUGACUUAAUGAACAAAAGUCAUUACUUUCUGUAGUUCACAGAAGUACAGUGUAGCAAUUCACGUGUGGACCUAGGUAACUUAACAUGUAAGCAUCACUCCCUUCCAUAGAGACAAAGCUGCGAUUCAACAGAAAAUAAGAAUUCACGGAACUCUUGUCUUUUCUACAGGACACUGUUUCCUCUCACAACAGAACUGUGAAUUUAACAUAAACAACACACAUAUGGUUAAGUGCACAUCACAAGACCAUGGAUACUUUCAGGUAACACCACCUAAAUCUCACCAGGGUCCUCUUCUGCCUUAACACUAACCAGACCUAGACUUGUCUGUUGUUUUUUACCCAGACGCAUGGACUCUCCCACUAGUCAGUAGAUCUGGGUCGUAAACCUGGAAUGUGAAUUAAUAAAAAGAGAAAACUCUCCAUUUAGACACAGAUUAUGGGUCAGAUGCACCAGAACUUUCAACUGUCAUGAGACUGAUACCAUUGUAUUCUGUAUAUAAAAUGCUUUUAUUUAAUAUGAGAUUGGUUCCUGUGUGAUGCUUCAUUCUUGAUCUACAGAUUUGCCAGUAAAAUACUCAACAACAAAGGAACCUCAAAUAACUUCUCACCAGGCUUUGCUUUGUGUGGACUUAUAAAGAGAAUUAAAGAUACUCACCUUCUUCUUUUAAUCUGGGUACCAUACAGUAGAUAUGUUCUAGGUACCCCAGGUAAAUUAUGUAACCUCAUUUUUAUUGUGCUGACUUUUUAAAUCAUUUUAAGUGUUACACCAGUUUAAUUAGUAAUAUUCAGAUUAAGCCAUUCAUAAUUUGUGAUUUUGCUUCUGAUUAUUAUUUAUGUAUGUUUUAGUGUUAGUGUUACAUAGGGAAAAGACCAUUCAUCAUGUAAUAACUUGUCAUUUGUCACAGCGUUUAAAGGACAAUGUAUAAAGACUUAAUAAUCUAUGCAUUUAUCUUUGUUGUUUAACCAUUCUGACUUCUCUGCUUAUUUGAGUGGCAAAGUGAUCGUUCCAUGUGUACUGUGUUAUGGUUUGAUGGAACUUUGAGCUUGAUGAAAAGAGGAAAGCUUAGUUAUCCCAAAUUUAGGAUCAAACCAAACAAGUAGUUUGAUUCCUGAUCUGAAGAGGUGGAACUCUCACCACUGGUUGAACUCAUUUUUUCCGCCCUGCAGUGACCACUGCCCCUGGGGAAUUUAAACCAGUGACACCCUAGUGGAAUCGGAUUUCGCUCUAUCUUCAAACUUCUUCACCUUUUCUUUUUGCGUCUAAUUCCUUUCUUUAAUUUCCUUUGUUCUUAAAUUUUGUAAACUUACCUUGAACUUAAAAAAUACGAACAAGCAGCGAAUUUCAUUACUUUAGAAGGUCAUCUCAAGAAACUUUGUGAAACUCUCUUCUUAAUUGACUUGCUAUUUUUGAUUGAACUAAUUAAAUUAGAUUCCAGCCCGUUUCCUUUUUGGGCUAGUUUGAGCGCUGACGCUUUGAAACACCUUGAAAGUCCAGCCUGACUGACUGUUACUUCGCUCACCCCGAGCCGUCAUCAUCACCGCGGGCGACGAUUCCUGGCCCAAAGGCCGUGGCACCUGGACCAGAGAGGGCACGCCUGCUCAACCAACCGGUAACGGGAGACGCUGCACAGCGGCUACAGCUCCAAACUAAGGCAAGAUGAACAUCUCUGAUCCUCUGAGAAGUCUGGUGUUUCUUAAAGCGCUAAAAAUUGAAUAUUCCAAAUUCAUUAGUUUUAUAAGUUAGAAACAAUUACUCUAUUCUCUUGAUCAAAGCCACCACACACUUCAGUAUUGACCAUCAUUUAUCCUUUUAUUCAUUCGUUGCACAUUGCUAUGUUUACUGUGGUUUUGUUCACAUAUGUUUAUUAAUUGCCGUUAACAUUAUCUGUUACAUGAAGCUUCCAUCACACACACAUCCUCAUUUACCAACACUCUCUCUGUUCAUGCAUUGAUAAUCAUUUCAUACUCAUUUUUUGUUUGUUUAUUUGAAUAUUUUUAUUUUAUUUCCUCCAUAUAUCCAGUAGUGUUAGAUCAAUAAAAUGUAAAAGGAAUCUGGUUUUGUGUGCAUUGUUCUUCAGAUUUACUGUAAGCAGAGGUCACUGAACCGUGACAAGAAUUCACGACAUUAGGGACUGAUUUAGUUUUAUCGCAAGAAAGUUGUUAUUGUUGUUAAUUGAAAUCUGGCAUUGAAUAGAUUAAUACAAGGGUUGUAUCAGCUUUAAAACAAACUAAAAGCCCCAAUUUCGAGGAAUGUUAAUGUUUCUGCAUUAAUAUCAAACUAUUAUUUUGAAUCAGCUACAACAGUAAAGGUGUCAGCUCAGGUGCACUUUUCUUGCUCUGUUUCUUAUUGUGCUGUGGCAAACUGUUUGAAAUUUGUUUUCACUGCUGUGAUGGAAAAAAUAGUUUCUUAUUGUAUGAUAUUAUAAGAAAGUACUGUAUAUGGUUUGUUAUGUUCAGCUUGCAGCUUCCUUAUGUAUGGAAAUCAUACACCAGUUUUCUGUAUUUGACAUUUCUCUUGCUCUAUGGUUGUUUCUGCCUGGCACUCUCUGAAGCUGGCUCCUAUCUGAGCCUCCUCUCAGUGACAGAGAUGUCUAUGCAAUUUGAUUGGACCAGAGGGACAAUGUGUCCUGUCAGGUAAAGGGACAAAACGCUGAAACAACCUGAGGAUUGUGGGAUCUUACGUUACAGCUUUUUCUUGUAUGUUCUGUUGCAUGUCCAGCACUGGUUUAGUUUAGCCUUGUUGUUUUUUGGGGGUUAUUUAUGGUGCACAUCAAUGUUUUAAUUUACUAUCCCCACUAUUGUUUUCUUUUAUCACAAUAAAUUACAUGAAAGACAA